AUGUGGAGGCAGGUGAUAACUCGAUUCGGGAUACCGGAAGUCGUCAUCUCGGACAACGGCACGCAAUUUACUGACAGGAAGUUCACGGAAUUCCUCAACGGCCUGGGCAUAAAGCAAAGGUUCUCUUCGGUAGAACACCCUCAGACGAACGGACAAGUGAAGUCCGCCAACAAGGUUAUCCUUUCAGGACUAAAAAAGAGGUUGGACAACAAAAAGGGUGCUUGGGCUGACGAGCUAGCAUCGGUCCUCUGGUCUUACCGAACAACCGAGCAAUCCUCCACCAAGGAAACUCCUUUCCGACUAACAUACGGGGUGGAUGCAGUAAUACCCGUAGAGAUCGGUGAACCGAGUCCGCGGUUGCUUUUGAAAGGAGUGGAGGAAACCGUAGAAAAGGACCUGAUAGAUGAAGCUCGGGAAAUGACCCAUUUGACAGAAGCGGCGCUAAAAUAA